AUGAGCUGGGAAUGGCAGCUUACAGAAGCCCAGCUGAAAUAUUGCUUUGGAUCAUGCCAAACGAGGAAAAUCUUCCCCAUCCACCACCCUCCAAACAGAAUAGGUAAUAAGAAUGUGCCUCUUGUGGGGGCACCUCACAGAGGACCUGGAUGCUACCUCCACGACGAGAAGAGUAACCUGGCAUACAACCUUGCUAAGAUCCCUAUGAGUAAUAAGGGAUAUAUCAUUGGAUCUAGGACAAGCCCACGAUUUAAAGAAGGUCGGAAGGAGAUGAUACCCAAGCCAAUUUCACCCGACUCAUUGAAAAUUAAGUCCAAAUGUGAUCUUCCUUCUUAUGCUCCGUUUAACUCCAUCUCAAAUCGAUUUGAUGACAGACCCACAGACUCAUCAUUUUUCCCUGGCCCUGGAACCUACAAUCCAGAGACCAUGCAUUGCCGGAAAGUCACUUGGCCAAUGAAAUUUGGGUCUCCAGAUUGGGCUCAAGUGCCAGUCCUAAAGAAAAGGACCCUAAAAACUGAGCUGAUAACAGACAAAGAAUUCAGGAUACAUCGGAACCGAGAGGCCUACCUAAGCCUAUAUUACAGCUGAGAGAUCUUUCCGACAUCUUGUCCGUUCCCCCGACCCUACCUAAUCUUAACGCCAUGAGGCAAGGUACCCCUAUUACCCUCUUGUCCGCCAGGGUUGAACCCUCGGCAGGGAGUGGUUCGUUCUAAGCUCCGAAAUAGUACUCCUUAAGAACUCGAGAGUGUGUUGUCUUCAUGUGUCAUUUUGUUGUAUAUACUCAAGUCUAUGGGCCUAGUCAUCCCUUUGUGAGACCCCUAGGAUGGCUUUAUUUGGCAGGAGCACAAACAAUUAGCCACUCCCCACCGCUCCCCACACCAGUGAGAUCAACAGGAUCCUGAAUUUAGAGCUAAGACAGGCCAUAAAUGUCAUUAGCCCAACUCCCUCAUUUUACAGAUGAGAAAAAUGAGGUUAAAUGACUUGCUUAAGGUCACCCAGGUCAAAGCCAGGACUCAGACUUGGGGGUUCUAUACCGUACCACGUAAAGACCACUAGGUGCAGUGUGAGAGCUGGACAGUACGAUGCUGAAACUGCUGGAUGUGGACCCAGGAGAUCUGAGUUUGACUCCUGGCUCUCAGAGUUAGGAGCUAUGUGACCACGGGCAAAUAAUUUUACUGAUCUGAGAGCCCAAAUUUCAUCAUCGGUCUAAUGGGGAUAAUAAUAAUAACUGUAUUACUUACCUUACAUGGGUUUCU